UUUAAUAUCAAUCCAUAACACACAAGUCCCCAUAAAAAUCUCAAUUUUUCGGUAUAAAUCUCGUGUUUUGCGUGCAAUUAGAUGCGCCAGCUGCCGCAACGAGCUCUUCUCAUGCGCUAAACCAGGAAACAUCAGAGAACACAAACCAAAAACCGAAUAUGGACAACUUGGAGAGUUUGAGUGACGAGGAACUCCGGUUGCGUCUCCUGCAAUACGGAUUUCCGAAUUUACCUGUAACCUCGACGACGCGAAAGAUCCUCAUCAAAAAGUUGCGCCUGCAAAUCAACAAGGAACGCGGCAAGGUUCGGAAUGACACGAGCAUCGCAACGAGUUUUUCUUCCGAGGAGGAAUCAGAUUCGCCGGAUUCGUCUCGCAUUAGUAUCAAGAGCCGUCGAACAACAAUUACGCCAAAGUCGAAUUACUCGACGUCGUCGGCGACGAAGAAGGAUCGGGACUUUGCGAUGCCCGUAACUCCAUCCCCGACAAGUUACGGGAGGACUUCGACGCGUCCCACGCGAUACAGCAGUCAAAAUAUUCACGUGUCUCCGUUGAUUCAAGGCGAUUCGGACGACGAACCGGAUUCUUUUAAUGGAUUCUCGCCCAAAAGUGUGACAGCCAACUCGACAAUUGACGAGAGUACGCGAACAAAUGGCUUUGACAGUCCCUCGAUAGCCGAUUUGCGGAAACGUUUCAUGAUGAUUCGCAACGAAACCAUCAAUAAUAAUCGGAAAACGAUGAAUGGACCUUGCGGUACUUUUUCAUCGUCAACAUGGACCCCGUCGACAUCGACGUACACCACACGAACCACGAUGCCCGCACGUUCGAUCGAAAAUGAUAUUGUGUGCCAUGCGGAGCCCGUACCGGAGCAACCCGUGAAGCCAUUCACCGUCGCAAUUGCGAAUCUCGUGAACAAACUCGACGAAUAUUACGGCGUCAAGCAGACUUUUGUGCCAUGCAGCUUGCUGAGUAUCUUGAUUCUAUUUUUUGUCAUCAUCGGCGGCAUGUACAUGACAAUUAGCCCGGAUAUCAAGAGUGCGUUGGUAAUUGACUCGACAAAAUACAUUUUUUGCGAGGAUUUGCCGUCGUCGAUCGCCACACAGGAUUGCAUUGAAAGAGCCGCCCUUGAACCAACACUCGAUUUUAUCAGCAAAAUCAUCACGGAACUACAGGAUCGAGCGAUUUUGCAAAAAUGCGUCGAUUCGGAUCAUCCUUUUGUGAUGUCACCGCGCGAUAUUAUCACAUAUGUCUUGGAAAUGGAUGCCAGUUCGCACGUUAUUUCGAUCAUGAAACAUUUGCACAAUGCCCAGUACUUGAUUGGACUGAAUCCGCAAUGGAAAUUAAGGAAUGUCGAUCUUACCGGAAGACCUAUCACGAUGGAACAAACAAUUUUUGGUCGUGACAUGGAAACUUCUUGUCUUGCGAUGCCAGAGCCAGUUUUGCCAAUGUCUUGCAUUUUGCGGAAUAAAUUCCAGAAAUUCUUCGUAAUUGUGGGAUUGUUAGCUCUAAUUUCGGCAAUCGUUUAUUUGAUUCGUUUGACAUAUGUUUACUUCAAAAUGCGAGCACAAGCGAGAAAAGAUCAGGUUAACGCCAUAAUUAGCGAUAUUACGUCUGCUGUCAUCAAACAAGGGAUGCGAGCGAAAACCGACCCGAAUGAAGAUCCAUGCAUCGUGGUUGCCCAUUUGCGAGAUAAUGUUAUCCCCGUGACAAAACGUCGCGAAUUCGAAUGGGCCUGGAUUGAAGCGAUGAAAUUCUUGGAAGCGAACGAGAGUCGAAUCUCCUUCGAAGUUGGAAAUCGCAACGGAGAAGAUUGCAAACUGAUGCGAUGGAUUGAUCCGUCAACCAUUACGCCGCACAGCUCGCCAAAUACGAGCAUCGCAAAUAAUUCGACGGAAAGUCCUUUUGCACGCCCCUCGACCGUAUCUAGUGUCAAGUCGUGGCAAGGCCCGGCGUUUGACAAGCAAAACAAAAUCAAAGAUCCCCCAACUCCCUGCCUUAAAAUCCGUCAAAUGUUCGACAAGUAUGACGCGAACGAUCCAACGCUCAAGCAAGUCAUCCAGGAUGCCAUUUUGGCGAAAGUUGGCAACACGUGUCGCAUCUACGACGUGCAACUCGAUACGGCAUCGUGUUGCGUUUAUGUGCGCUGCGCUUCCGAACAAGAUGCUGGCAUGGUACACGACGAGAUCAAUGGAUGGUGGUUCGAUAAUAGACUCGUUUCGAUUAAAUUUUUGCGAUUGGAACGAUAUUUGACGCGUUUUCCGGCAGCGGCGCAAGCAGCUUGUGUCUCGCUUCGACCCACCUCGCUUGCCUCCAUACAAAAUCUCGCGUCAAACAACAAUAAAGGGGGCUCGCACGUGACUACCAAUGGAGAUGACGACGAUUCGAGUGAUCAGUAAAUGCGCGAGAUUUGCUUCUGCAAUGUCAGAAUUAUCAGAAAAAAACAAGAAAAAAUUAUAGUUGAUGAAAAUUAAUUAAAUGAGAGAUAGAAGAAAAUAUUAUUAUUAAAUUUAUA